CAACUAUCAAUCUUUCAUCACACCCUACUCUUCCUAACUAACUUAACCACUCAACCCCGACAUCACCACUCAUCUGUCCCUUUCAUCAUCAAUUUACUGUCUAAUCAAUACCUUACUUUUCUCUUAAUUCACCACACACAUCACAUACACAAUGUUCCGUCGUCUAGUAACAGUUGUUCCUCGCUCCGGCGUCCUUUCGCCUCGCAGCGUCACCCCGGCCGUCUCCGGAAUCCAGCAAGCUGUGAGGUCGACUGUUGUUGCUCCUCAGCAGCAGCAGCGCAGAGGAUACCAUGAGAAAGUGUUGGACCACUACUCCAACCCAAGAAACGUCGGCUCCAUGGCCAAGUCUAUGGACGUUGGUACCGGUCUCGUUGGCGCCCCGGCCUGUGGCGAUGUCAUGAAGCUUCAGAUCCGUGUCGACAAGGACAGCAACAAGAUCAGCGACGUCAAGUUCAAGACUUUCGGUUGCGGUAGCGCUAUUGCCAGCUCGAGUUAUCUGACUGAGUUGGUCCGCGGAAUGACCCUCGACGAGGCCGCUAAGAUCCGUAACACCGAUAUCGCCAAGGAGUUGUGCUUGCCCCCUGUCAAGCUGCACUGCUCCAUGCUUGCCGAAGACGCCAUCAAGUCCGCCAUCUCGGAUUACUACACCAAGAACCCUCGCACCGUGAAGACCGACCUGUCCGGCACGGGCGCCUCUAUCCCUGAGGUGCAGGUGGAGGUUGAGAAGACCAGCAGCGCUACUGCUUAAGUGUUUUACGAACGAGUGAAAAAUCUGAAAAACUCAUAAAAAAUACGGAGCAAAAAUGGAUACGGAUACGGAUACAGAUACCAUGAUUGAUUCCCUGGAGAGAAGAGCGAAGCAGAAUGAUACAAUGGAGAUGUGACUGUGUAUGGAUUUGGCCUGUGGUGGAGUGGAGUGGAGUGGAAUGGUUUGGGCCGAAUAUGUGAUUCCCACAAAAUAACCUGUUUGUUUGUCAGUCAGUCAGUCAGUCUGGAUUGGAUGGACUUUUUUUCCCUUUCGUUUCGUUUAUUAAACGGUGUAUAGCAUUUCAUUAUUCUUUUCUUUCCUUUUCAUGACUCGUUUUACUUUACUCAUUGUGUUUCCGGCGAAGCAACUAAAGAAGGGAUUGAUUAUUCGGAUAUAUACA